AUGGAACAGCUUGUCAACUUCAUCAUUCGUCCACCAAGAGCUGAAUAUGACCCCAAAAGUGAUUUGUUAGAUCAAGAGUUCUUGCUGAAAGGGAAAUGGUAUCAUCGGAAGGAUGUAGAGUUAAAAAAUAGCCGGGGUGAUGUUCUUCAAUGCAGCCAUUACAUUCCUAUUGUCAGUGCUGAAGGAAAGCCUCUUCCUUGUGUAAUAUAUUGUCAUGGCAACAGUGGAUGUAGGGCUGAUGCCAGUGAAGCUGCUAUAAUUUUACUUCCUUCAAAUAUUACGGUUUUCACUCUGGAUUUCUCGGGAUCUGGGAUUUCUGGAGGGGAGCAUGUCACUCUCGGAUGGAAUGAAAAGGAUGAUCUAACGGCUGUGGUCAACUAUCUGAGGAAUGAUGGAAAUGUAUCUUUGAUUGGUUUGUGGGGCCGCUCAAUGGGAGCUGUAACAUGCCUUAUGUAUGGAGCUGAGGAUCCUUCAAUUGCAGGGAUGGUUUUAGAUAGUCCCUUCUCUGAUUUGGUUGAUUUGAUGAUGGAACUUGUAGAUACAUAUAAAGUCCGUCUGCCCAAGUUCACUGUGAAGUUUGCAAUCCAGUACAUGCGAAGAGCAAUCCAAAAGAAGGCAAAAUUUGACAUAACAGACCUCAAUACCAUCAAGGUAGCAAAAUCUUGUUUUGUUCCAGCUCUAUUAGGGCAUGCCAUUGACGAUGAUUUUAUACAACCUCAUCACUCUGAUCGUAUAUUUGAGGCUUACAUGGGAGACAAAAACAUAAUUAAAUUUGAGGGAGAUCACAAUUCUCCACGUCCUCAGUUUUACUUUGAUUCGAUAAACAUCUUUUUUCACAAUGUUCUGCAACCUCCCGAGGAUGAGGCUGGGGAAUCAUUUUUUGACCCUGUGAAUGAUUACUUUGGUAAGGAUGCAUGGAGAUCUGUGCAUGAAUUAGGCAACAACAAUGAAUCAUCAUCUAAAAACAAAGAACCAUCAACUAGCAGUACUAUAGAUGCUAUUAAGGAAGUCCGUUCAAGACGACCAAUGAGUAGGAUGGAGGUUCCAUCUGAUAUUUCUUCAAAAGAUGAACAAUGCGGAAAUGAGGAAGAGAAGUGCAGUGAUACAUCCCCGCCGGCUUCAUCCAUGAUAAGCUUUGAGUUGUCCGAUGGUCAUCCCUAUGCCCCCCAUGUUCUCGCAGCAUUGGAUGACGAUCAGUAUGUGGAAUAUCAACUUGAAGACCUUGCAGGUUUUCCAUCUAGUGCAGAGGAGGAGGAAAGAAUGUUAAUGGAAGCAGUAAUGGAGUCACUGAAGGACCUGGAAGUACAAAAUCCAAAGGCAGAAAUGCCACCAGCCAGUAGUAGUGUUCCUUAUGUAUCUGUAGAGCUAUCUGAUAAAGACAACUCACACGAUUCUUCACAGGAGAUUUCUAGACCGAUGGAGAAAGAAUCUUCUCUAGUCGAACACAAAACAGAUUCAAAACCUAAAGACAUUUCCAGUGCAUUAGAAGAAUCUGCACCGUUGAAUGCUGAGCCAAAUACCGUCGCAGUGAAACAUUCCCUAAGUUUGAAGUCCGAGCCAAGUCUAAUUGGGGGAGUGCAGCUGCCACUACCACAGGACAACACAUUAUCCAUUACAGAGUCUAGCAAUACAAGUGGUUCUGCUCGCAGUGAUAGCUCUGUUAGUAUACAAAGUUCAUCAGACACUGACAUAUCACAUAAUACAACAGCCACGGUAACCGUUGUUAGAAAUCCUGCUGGCCAUGUCAUGGAUGGCUUAAUGCGACGAUGGGAUUUCAAUUUUUUCAAAAAUAGUAAUAAUCGGUGA